UAUGAAUAAUUAUAAAGUUUAUUUAAGAGUAAGACCAAUUGAUUAUGAUUAAUCCAUGUUGAAUAUAGAUCACAAUCUCAUUUCUAUUAAAGUAUUUCUUCUAAAGCACUUAGGAUCCCACUAAUAAAUAAGCUGAAUGGUAAUAAUACUCUUAUGAUAAAAUAUUUCCAUCUAUUUCUACACAAAAAGAGCUUUUUGAUGAAGUGUUUAAUUUUGACUAUUUAAACAAAAAUGCUUGUAUUCUAUCAUAUGGUUAGUCAGGAAGUGGAAAAAGCUAUUCAUUAUUUGGUAAUGUUCAGAAUCCAGGAAUAGUUCCAUUAUUUGUAUAAACAAUGUUAGAAAAAGGUUAAGUAGUUGAAGCUUCAUUUUAAGAAAUAUAUGUUGAUUAGAUUAAGGAUCUUAAUACAAAUCUAGUUACAGAGGAUUUCACAAGAAGAAAUAUUAUGUUAAUUAACGAUUUAUGGGAUAUGAUUAAGAUUGUCAGAAAUAUUGAUAUUAAAAGAUAGGUGAGAACUCAUGUUAUAAUUACAUUGUAUUUGAAUUCAAAUACUAAAGUUUAAUUUGUGGAUUUGGCAGGAUCUGAAAGAGUUGCUAAAAAUAUAACAGAAGGAGAAAAGUAUUAAGAAGCAAUUAUGAUAACAUCAAGUCAUUAAGUUUUGAAUAGAUGUUUGAACUAAUUUAAUCAAAAAAAAGUUGUACAAAAAAGAGAGUCAAAAUUAACUUAGGCUCUAAUUAUCGAAAAUAAUACUUAAGUUAUUUUAAUUGGAACAAUUAAUCCAAGUUAAUCAAAUUAUGAAGAAUGUUUGCUUACCUUAUAAUAUAUGGAUAGGACAAAGAAUGUAUAAGUUUCAAUUCGGAAUUAAUAAUAGUCUCUUUUAGGAUCAGAAACUUAAAAUAAUAUACAAUAAGAUAAAGUCAUUAAAAAAUUGUAAGAAGAAAUAUAAGAAUAUAAAUAAAAAAUUGAAUAAAUGAAUUUAGAUAGGAAAAAGAAAUUUAUAGAUUUAUAAAAACUACUUGGUUUAGAUAUUGAUUUAGAAAGAUUAUCAGCAAAAAAUGCAAAAGAUAUUACAAUUUUUAGAAAUUAAUAGGAAGCACUCCAAAAGAAUGUUAGUCUAUAAUAAUAAUUAGAACAAUAAUAAUAUGAAUUAGCUGAAUCAUUAAAAAAAAAUGAAGAAUUAAAAUAAGAUUUUCAUUAAAAAUUGGAAAGAUAUUAAUAAUAAUUAUUAGAAUAAAGAGAAAUAAAUAAGAAAUUAAAAGAUUAAAUUAAUAUGACAAAAAUGAGUGGAGAUGAUGCUUUAAGAUAAUUAAAUUCAGAAAGAGAUCACUUUAUUAGAAAAUUGUAGGAUGAAUCCAAAAAUCUAUUGGAAGAUAAAGUAACUUCAAUAAUUAAUCUUCCUUAAGCUGCAUAAACUAAACUCUCAGAAAAUCAAAAAUUAUAAGAUUUAAGAAAGUAAGUUAGAAAUGAAGCUGAAAAAGAUUUUAAUAAGUAAUUGGAAUAGAUAAAACUAGAAUAUUCAAAAUGGUUAGAUACAUGCAAAUAAUAAUAUGAAUAUCACUUAAAUGAAAAAAAUAAGGAAAUUGAAAAUUUUCUUACCUCUUUCAAAUAGUAUAGAGAUAAAAAAAAGUAAAAUUUGAAUAUAAGCAUAUAUAGAUAAUAAAUCAAUGAAAUAGUUGAUGAACUUCUUGAUCUUAAUGAUAUAAUCCAAAAAUAAAGUAAAGUUAUCGAUAAAAUUGAAACGGGUGGUUAUAGUGGAGGAUUGAAAUCUUUUAGUAUCCCUAAAUAAGAUAAGCCUAAUCUUCCUAAUAAAAUUAAACAUAAAAAGUAAUUAAUCUCUAAUAUUUAGUUUAUUUUUCUAUUUAGAUACAAAAAGUGUUUCAGCUACAAUUACUAAGAAAGGUUCUAAUAUUGAAAAAACUAUAAAAACAACAACUAAAUAAUUCAAAUAAUCUUAAAGUUAAAUCAUUAUCGAAAUAGAUUGCAACUAACUAGAUUAAAUUAACUUUUUAUCAAUGGACUUUAGUACAUUAAGAUCUUAUGCAAAUAAAUUGAGAGAUAUGAUUAAAGAGUUAUAGGACUAAAUGGUUAUAAUUUAAGAUAAAUGUAAAUAGCAAGUUGCAUAAAUGCAAAGAGGUAAAUUAUUCUUUAUUAUUUUAUUCUUAAGAACGCGAUGAAGCCAUUUAGAAGUUUAAUAUGGAAAAUAGAAGAUAUAAUUAAAACAGAGUUGUGAUUGAAUCUUAAAACAGAAUUUUAUAAAAAAUAAGACCAAUUAGUUCGAUCCAAAGAAAAUCAUGA